GGCUGCUUGGAUCUGCUGGUUUUACACUCUUUAAUAGUAACUUAGAGAGAUUGUGGACUGUGGGCCAGACAGAGGACCAAGCCUCUUCAAAUUGAUCUCUAAGCAUUUAUAUUAUCCAGAUUAUGGCUUUUCAUAAUCUACAAUCUAUGAUAAAUUGGAUGAAGACAUCAGAUACAGCCCAUUGGAUAGACACAUCAGAGUCAACCACUGACUGUCCACCUGGAUUGGAAUAUUUGGCUGAGAUAAAUCAGUUGACAGUGUGUCAUCGUUUUGAUCUGGAAGUCCUCUGCUAUUUGGAAGCUAAUAAAACAUACGAGGUCAUGAAUAAUCAAGGACAUAGAAUUUAUGUUGUAGAAGAGCAAAGUAAUUGGUUCCUGCGAUACCUCUGUGGAUUGGCCAGGCCAUUUACCAUGACGAUUUAUGAUAACACAGGUCAAGUCGUGAUCACUGUGCAUAAAGGUCUAGGAGGCAGCUGCUGUUGCUGCAUUCGCUGUCACAGCUGCUGCCCACAGAAGUUAAUAGUUGAAGCUCCACCUGGGAAAACAAUUGGGUAUGUUCAUCAAAAGUUUCACCCUAUUUGGCCAAAUUUAAAAAUAAAAAAUCAGAAAAAGGAGGAUGUAAUGAAAAUCAAAGGACCAUGUUUGGUUUCUGGCUGUCUCAGGAAUCUAAAUUUUAAUAUAUUGUCUGUGGGUGAUGAAAGAGUUAUUGGAAAUAUUUCAAAACUUUGCCCUGGAUUUGUGAAAGGAUUGCUAUCAGAUGCUGAUUCAUUUAAAAUCCAGUUUCCAUACGAUCUUGAUGUUAAAAUCAAAGCAUUGAUGCUUGGAGCAAGUUUGUUCAUUGAUUACAUGUAUUUUGAACUCUGUCCCUAAGAGUCAUCCUGAAAGACUAUGGCAGAGAUUGCUAUCAUUAAGUUUUGCCAGCCAGCCCUCAGCAAAAUUAAACAACUUGCCCUGAAAGUAUCUAAAUAAAAUUUAUUUUGCGAAAA